AUGGCAGCGUCGAGCCAAGAGGUGGUCCAGCCCAGCAAGCGCAUCCGACUGACGGACGAGCCAUGCAUCGUGGCGAUGCAAAGGAUGCUGCGUGGCAAGGAGGGCAUCAUGUCCCUAGCUCAGGGCAUUGUGCAUUGGGCGCCGCCAGUGGCUGCCAGCGAGGCAGCCGCGAAAGCGGCAGGCGAGCCUGACACGAAUUCAUACUGCGCAGAUGAUGGAUUGCCGGUCCUGCGGGAAGCUUUGAAGGAGAAGCUGCGCCGGGAGAACGGCUUGGAUGGCGUAGAGGUUAUGGUGACGGCAGGAGCGAACCAGGCCUACACGAACCUAGUGUGCACCUUGCUCGACUCGCAGGAUGCUGCUGUCUUGUUCAGCCCCUUUUACUUCAACCACCGGAUGGCAUUGCAGAUGACCGGCGGGCACGCCUCUGUAGUGCUUGCGCCAAGCACAAAGGACUACCUCCCAGAUGUCGACUGGCUUGAGAAGAGGCUGGCCGAGUCACCGGUCGGCGAACGGAUUCGCAUGGUCACGGUCGUCAACCCUGGCAAUCCAACCGGCAUGAUCCUGCCGAAAGCGAUGCUCGAUCGGUUGUCUGCUCUGUGCAAAAAGCAUGGUGCUUGGCUGGUUAUGGACAACACCUACGAGCAUUUCACGUACGAAGAGGACGGCCACCCCUCCCACAGCUGCAUCAGCGGAGACCACGUGGUCAACGUCUUCUCUUUCAGCAAGGCCUUCGGAAUGAUGGGAUGGCGAGUAGGCUACUUGGCGUUCCCACCCAGCCUUCUCCCGGAACUCAUGAAAGUUCAAGACACCAUCGCGAUAUGCCCGACGGUGGUGUCGCAGAAG